AUGAUAAGGUUAAGGCUGCUGCUGACCUUAGUUCUUUCUACGCACAUCACAGGGUUCAGUGCUGAGAUCUCUGUGUUUGUGCAGACAGGAGCUUCUGUUCAACUGGAUAUACAGACACAAGAAAAACCAGAGUUUGAGGAUUUAUACUGGACAAAAGAUAAAUCAGAGAAUUUAGUUAAAUAUACAAAUGAAUCUAAAAAAGUUAAAAUUUACAACGAUAGAGUGGAUUUCAAUGAUUCAACCUUCUCUCUGACACUGAAGAACAUGCGGAAGACAGACAGUGGACCCUACAGAGCAAGAACAAUUGGAAAAUCAGAGAAUGAUAUUGUUAAAUACAGAGUAUCUGUUUUAGAUGCAGUGGAAGCUCCUGUCCUGACUGUAAACUCAAAAUGGUCCAGUCAUGAAUCUUGUAAUUUUACAUGUAAUGGAAGUAACAUUACCAUCAGCUUCAUCUAUAACAGAAGCAGCUGUUUUCCAGAGGAAGUGACAUCAUCUGAUCUCUACACCCUAAGACUGAUCUGCAGUAAUGACUCCAUCGUGUGUAACUACAGCAACCCAGUGAGCUUGAAGACUGACACAGUGAAUGUUAAUGAACACUGCACUGUUAAUGAAGGUACAUACUGUAUCCGCUCUGAGCUGUAAAUACACUCACAGAUGAGGAAACA